AGAUGUCGGAUGUGUCGACGCCAUAGACUGGUCGACGCUCAUUAGAUAAAGUGAAACAGAAGUACUCAGAAAACAGACCAAAAACAACAAACAACGACAACUGCUUUUCAUCAGAUAUGUGUUUUGUAUAAUGUCAUAUAGCUAUUAAUUGUUUUUUUUAAUUGAGGUUUGGUUUAUUUUAUAAGUUGCCUCCAGGUCAUCUAGUUUGUUAUUAUUCCAAUUUAUUAUUUUUUAUAUAAUUGGUAUUUGUGAGCCUAUCAUGUUAUCAGGUCUUAAAUUAAACUAGAGUAAAAGUAAACAUAGUUACUAUAAUAAUAAUAAUUAUUAUUAGUGUUUACAAUGUUUAAAGGAAAAGUAGGAGUAUCUUUCUUCAUUAUUUAUUAAUGUUAUGAGUUAUAUUUUCUUCUGAUAACCUUUUAUUGGUUCCUCACUCUCCAUUAGUGUCAAAAUGUAAUAAAUAAAUCCCCUCAAGUAAUAGCUGCCCUGACGUCAGUUUGUAGUCCUACCUAAACACCAAACAUGGCGCCCACUAAAAGAUGUGUUCUUAGAUAACCACUGCCACCUAGAGGCCACAGGGUGAUCGGCACAAGAGUUACAAAACAUUUGCAGCCAUUAACGUCCUCACGUGUAGCGCUGCGUUAUGCAAACACUGAAGUUCCUGCCUCCACACGGCAGCACUGACCACCACGGUUAGGAACCAGUGGAUUAACAGUCGAAAAGCUCCCUGUGUGUAGCGCUGUACAACCAGGCUCGUGUUUUCUAGGAGUGGAAAUGAAAAGAAGAGCUGCGGACUCAGAGGCAUCUCAAUCCAAGGGGAAAGGGAAGAAGAGACCCGCGGAGAAGUCUGCUCCCUCUCUCUCCAGAACACGACGAGACAAGAAAGAUGGAGAAACAUCUAAAGCAGGACCCCCUCCCCUCAAGGCUGCAGGAGUCCAGAGGAGAGGCGUGCACGGGAGCAUCCUGCACUUCAUUUAUAAGAACACCCUGGGACAGAGUCUCCACUCACAGAUGAGACAGUGUCUCCAGGAGCCGUUCAUUCGCUCGCUAUCGUCGUAUCACUUCCACAGCGCCACCAGCCCCUUCGACCGCAGGAUCACCUGUCUGGAGUGGAGUCCUGUUCACAGCACCACUAUGGCCGUGGGCUCCAAGGGUGGAGACAUUUAUCUGUGGGACUAUAAGGUCCCCGCGAAAAAGACUUUUAUUCAGGGGAACGGUGCAGGAGACUUUAUCGGAGGGAUGAAGUUUUGCCCCACAGACUCCUCCAAAGUGUACGUGGCCUCUGGGGAGGGGAAACUGACCACGCAGAGCUUUGAGGGCCUCGCACCCACCACACUGUCCACAACUCAACACUGUGGCCACGAUCACCACAACGUUUGCUACUGGUACUGCUGUGUCGAUGUGUCCGUGAGCAGGCAGAUGCUUGUGACAGGAGACAAUAUGGGACAGCUGUUGCUCCUCGGAUUGGAUGGACAAAAGAUUUUCAGCAACAAGUUGCACAAAGCCAAAGUGACCCAUGCAGAGUUCAACACCAGGUGUGACUGGUUGCUGGCGACGGCCUCAGUCGACCACACGGUGAAGCUUUGGGACCUGAGAAACAUAAAAGACCAGAAGAGUUUCCUGCACGUGCUGCCUCAUGAAAAGGCUGUCAACUCAGCCUCUUUCAAUCCGUUCGACUGCUCCAAGCUACUGACCACAGAUCAGUACGACGAGAUACGCGUCUACUCAUCCAGUGAUUGGUCGACGCCUCAACAUAUCAUCCAACAUCCUCACAGACAGUUUCAGCAUCUCACACCCGUCAAGGCAACUUGGCACCCGGUGUACGACCUGAUUGUGGCCGGCCGCUACCCGGACGAGCGUGUCUGCUCAGGUGACCAGAGAACCGUCGACAUCUAUGACUCCAACACAGCAGAGCUUGUGUAUCAGCUGUACGACCCCACGGCCUCAGGGAUCAAAUCUGUCAACAAAUUCAAUCUCAUGGGUGAUGUGAUUGGAACUGGAAUGGGCCUGACGGUUCUAGUCUGGGACAGGAACGAGUCCCUGAUCAGCGAUGGGGACACGCAGCCGCAGGAGGACACCUCAGCCUCACUGGACAGUCUGAGACGGCCGAGGAGGAGUCGGCAGAGCACCAACAAGGAGCGCAGAGGUCCGGCUUUGGAUGCAAAGCUGAAGAGGAAACUUGCUUCUCUGGAAGAAUGUGAGACCAAGACCACCACCAAACAAAAACAGGCUCAGAACAGGAAGAAGUGAACUUUCAAAUAUUCAGGACUUAUAAAAAAACUCACGUUCACAUUCCUUUGGUUACUGUUUGUUGUCUCUAACUGCAGGAACUGUUUGAAUGUUUCAGGUUUUUUACUACAAACUGUUUUUAAAACAGGAAAGUUUGUAUGUUUUCAAAGAUGUUUUUCUACUGUUUCGCAUUAAAAAUUAACAGGUUUCUGUAAUAAUUAAGUAUUUUGGUUAUACACACUGUGUAAGUUAUAAAUACACAAUAAUAUAAAAGAAGA